AUGCGUUUCGAUUUUAUGGAUUUCGCUUUUCGGAUUAGAGUCGCAAUACGAAAAUUCCUGGAAACAGUGCUUUUGGAACGUUUUAUGGCGAAUCAUAUUUCUGUGCGCCCGUCAUCACUCUCACUUGCAACGGCCUCCAUCGCUUUUGGCGGAUCUCAAGAAGACGUCAAGAAAGUUGGAGCUUCAUGUAGUGUUUUUAUGGUCGUCCUUCUAUGGUCGUCUUGA